UACAUCCACAAUACAUUUAUUUGGUAUUUUACGUGCUAACAUAGAGGACAAUUCAUAUUUAUAAAGUAUAGCUAAUACUGUCUUCCAAACUACAGCAUCUGGUCAAACUACGGCGUCAGCAGCGUCUGGUAUUCACAGCUUUUAUGAACUCACUCCGCAGUACUUUGUCAAAGAACAGAAGACUGGUGUCCGAAGCUAUUUGCUAUGUGUGAAUGAGCUACACCCAAAAAUUCACUCUAACAGUAACAAAGCCUGUGAAAGGUCAAGUCAACAACAUGGGGGAUUGAUAGUCUGAAUGUUAAGUUUAAAAGUGAAAUAGAAAUUAGUAAUUGUAUACGCUACUGUAAUGUGUUACCUGAUAAUUACAUGUGUGUUGCUUCAAGCUGUACAAUCCUUAUUUAAGACAAAAAUUUUGCUCCUAGAUCAAAAAUUUUCCCCAAAAGGAGGGAGGUGUGAUGAGAUCUGAAGGUUUAUUCAAUAUGGACUGUUCCUUUAAAAAGAGAGUGUGAGUGUGUGUGUGCUAAUAAAGAGAGGAAUGAACAGCCGGUGGGUUACCAUGGUCACGGCAAGGCGGAGUUAUAUGAUUGACAGCUGGUGUUCAACAGUUUUGGAAUAUAUACAAGGUCAACUGGCUUUGUAAUCAGACACACAGAUACACGGAAGACACUGAGGAAACGGACACUGGAUGAGCUUUUUGUGCCUACUAAAAGGGUGGGUUUUGCUCACAGUGUGGAAAAGCGGUGACAGGUGGAAAGCUAUUGGUGUGUUUAACCCUUGCCAGGGUAGAUAGCUUUACCGCGUGAAAACGGCACUCUGUUGCCUGUUCAUGGUCGGUGAUGUUAACAGCGAGUUUGGAGGACAACGGGAGGAUUCGAUGGCAUUGGCGCACUGGGAAUACAAAUCACCUCUCUCUCUCCCUCUCUCCUCAAUCUACUCAACUCAAUAUCAUGAACUGAACUGAUUUCAUACCUAUACCAUCAUAAGACUGUAUCAUUUACCACCUGAGCUUGGAGAAGUUUGGGAACUUUAUUUACUCGCUUAUAUAUGCAUUAACUCUGCUAACCUGUUUGCUCUUAUUGUUUUAUAUAAUUUUAUUUUACCUAAUUACUAAUAAAAUAGAGUUUGGUAACAGAAGACUCAGACGCCAAGUUGUGUUCCAUUUCUGCUGGUCCUUUUAACCUGUUACACAACAUACAUAACUACAAAAUGUUCUGCUUUUCUACCGAGAUGGCUUGUUCAGAUACUUUGUGCAAAACCGAUCUGUUCAAGAAAAGCACAGGACCGGGUGGAUUUCGAAUUCCUGCACUGCUCCACAUUCCAGACUCAAACAUACUUCUGGCCUUUGCAGAGAGCAGACGCGGCUGCAAAGAUGAAAGUGCUGACCUGUUGUACCUGCGACGAGGCGAAUAUAAUAAAUCUUCAAAAGAUUUCCAGUGGGAGGAUGCAAAACCUAUCCAGUCUGCACAACUAGGGAAUUGCCGAUCCAUGAAUCCUUGUCCCGUCUAUGAGAAAGAAAAGAAGACAGUCUUUCUCUUCUUCAUUGCAGUCGAAGGAUCAACAUCAGAGCAAGAGCAGAUCAGAAGUCGAAAAAAUGCUGCACAACUUUGUUAUGUUACUAGUGUCGACAAUGGACAGACGUGGGGUGACAUUAUAAACCUAACAGACAACGGUGCCAAAGCAGAGCCUUGUAUAGGUGUCACCAUCAAUACAUGGGCAACAUUUGCCCUGGGUCCAGGCCACGGUAUUCAGCUAAACAGUGGCCGUCUUGUUAUCCCUGCCCAUGCUCAUGUGAUAGAGUCCAAUGAAAUCAGGGUACGGGCUUUCACUUUCUACAGUGAAGACCAUGGGGAUUCCUGGCAAAUUGGCAAAUUUAUAUCUGGGGAGGAGUGUGGGGAAUGUCAGGUGGUGUCAUUGGAUCAAGCCAAUGGAUCCAGUGAGCCGGCUUUAAUAUAUUGCAAUGCUCGGAACAAUAAAGCAGAUAAGAAUCAGUAUCGAGUGGAAGCCUUCAGUACUGAUGGUGGAAAAACCUUCACAGAAGGGAAACUGGUGAAACAGCUGGUUGAAUAUUCAGCAGGUUGCCAUGGCAGUAUCAUCAGUUUUCCUGCCUCAGACAUUUCAAAUAUCCAAAACUAUUCCGACCUUAAAAAUUACCACACUCAAAAGGGAGGUGAUGCUUCAAAUUUUGACGUUAUAUUGUUCUCACACAUCACAAACUCCAACCCACGGAGGGAUUUAGGAAUUUACCUUUGUACUUAUUCUGGUGACCCUCAAACCCAGACAAAACCUUAUCCUGGUGACCGUCUUACCUGGACAAACCCUUGGGUCUUUUUCCCUGAUGAAAGUGCCUACUCAGAACUGGCAUUUGUUAAACUUCCAGAGGAAAGAAAUCCUGUUGUUACUUGUUUGUUUGAAUAUGGAGAUAAUAACAAUAUGAUCUCAUUUUGUGUUUUGCAAAUUGAUGAUAUUAUUGAGAAAACUGUAAAGAAAAUGAAUGAUACUGGGAAUCCGGAAGUAGACAAAUGCACAAUUAGCAAAUGCUUUUGUUGUUGCUGCUGCUAGCAGCUGGAAUAGAUUGUGAUUGGGAUUCUUGGGUCCCAAUGAUCCUAUGGGCCCUUUUUACACACCUUUCGUUGUAAAUGUCCUGAAUCAUGGGAAGUUCCCAACUACAAAUGCAUUGGGCUGUCCACACCACUUUCUGCAGAGUCCUGCCAUUAAGGAAGGUACAAUUCCCAUACCAGGUAGUCAUGCAGCCAGUCAGGAUGCUCUCAGUUGUGCCCCUCUAGAAAGUUAUUAGGCUUUGGAGGCCCACACCAACCUUCCUCAACUGUCUGAGGCGAAAGAGGUGCUGUUGCGCCUUUUCAUCACACAGCUAGUCUGUACAGACCAUGUGACUGUGAGGUCCUCGGUGAUGUGUAUACCGAGGAACUUGAAGCUGUUUGCCCUCACAACCCCAAAUCCAUGGUGUCAUUAGGGGUUAGCCCAUCUCCAUUGCCCCUGUAACCCACAACCAGCUCCUUUGUUUUUGCAACAUUGAGGGAGAGGUUGUUUUCUUGAACCACUGCGUCAGUGUGAUGACUUCUUCCCUGUAGGCCACCUUGUUAUUGUUUGAGAUAAGGCUAAAGAACGUAGUGUCAUCGGCAAAUUUAAUUAGCAGAUUGGAGCUGUGAGUGGUGAUACAGUCAUGGGUAUACAGGGAUUAAAGGAGGGGACAGUACGCAGCCCUGAGGGACUCCUGUAUUGGGAGUCAGAGGGUUGGAGGGGAGGGAGCCCACUCUUACAACCUGCUGGUGAUCUGAGAAGACAUCCAGGAUCCAGCUGCACAUGGCAGGGUGAAGUCCAAGGUCACUGAGCUUCUUGUCAAGCCUGGAUGAAUUAUGGUGUUGAAUGCUGAACUGUAGUCCAAGAACAGCAUUCUCACAUAAGCAUCCUUUUCCAGGUGUGUAAGGACAGUGUGUAGAGCUCUGGCUACUGCAACAUCUAUUGAUCGGUUGUGUUGGUAGGUGAAUUGUAGGGGGUCCAGUUUGGGUGGUAGCAAGCUGCAGGGGUAAUCCUUGACCAGCCUCUCAAAGCAUUUGUUUAUUAUUGAGGUGAGUGCGACAGGAUGCCAGUAGCUCAGACAUGUUACCUUGGUCUACUUUGGUACGGGGACAAUGGUGGAUAAUUUGAAGCAGGACGGCACUCUACACUGGGAGAGGGAGAGAUUACAAAUGUCAGUAAACACACCUGCCAGUUGUGCCAACCACACCCUGAGCACCCGCCCUGGGAUGCCUUGCCACUGUCCACCUGUUGGAAACAUCUGCGUACCUCAGCCUCAGAGAUGACCAGGUUGCAGAUUGUAGCGGUGGCUUUCCUCGGAGGGUCAGAGUCAGCGACAUCGAACCUAGCCUAAAAACGAUUGAGCUCAUCUGGGAGAGAGGCCAUGAUGUUGGAAGCACUACAGCAUCUGGUCUGAAGUCUGCGACGGUAUGCAGCCUUUGCCACAAGUCACGUGAGCUAGUUGUGAAUCCUGACUCAGUCUUGUGCCUGUAGUGUUUCACAGCCUUGAUAGCUUUGUGCAGAUCAUAGCUGCUUUACUUGAGCUCUAGCUGAUCACCGGCAAUGGAGGCUCAAUGUCGAGCUGUAUGUUCAUCGUAUGAAAUAACCUUCUGGCAGGUUAACUAAAUCAAAGGAAUUUUGUAAUGCUUGCUAGCUUUGAAAUGAAAAUGCAGAUAUAACCACAAAAGCACUUUCAUUCAAUGCAAACAAUCACAGCACAACAGGUAGUCAGAUUCCACCUGCUGAUACCAGAGAACACGUGGGAAAUUUCCACAUUCUGUAUUAAUGCCAGAGGUAGAGAACAGCAGUCAGUCUGCUAAUAUCAUGCUCAGAAAUAAAUAAAUGUAAUAAGAGAGUUCAUGCACAGAAACAGUAAUAUUUGAAUAACCUUUUAUUGAAAAAAGAUCAGGCUCUUUCGAAAUAGAGAUACGCUUUUACGACUAUUUCUUACAGUUUCUCAUGAAUCAAAAUAUUGCAAUAAGUUUCUGCUCUAAAGAAUGCAAUGGUCAGUUGUUAAUGAUACAAAGAUGAGUUUGGUUUCUCCAGUGUAAAGGUGGUUCCCUCAUUGUGCUGAUGUUUAAAGCACAAACUCUAAUAUCUACAGCAACUGAAAGUUGUGUUCAUGAUGACAGUGGGAGUCGGCCUUUGAAGCUCAUUGAUACUGUGCUGGCUGCAUUAUUUUUCACCGUCACAGUCCGAUAGCAAUUUGGUAUUUUUCUGAAUUAAAACACAUUCUGCUGAAGUUUUGUUUUUUCCUCUUCCUUUUGUAAACCUAACAACUGCAGUGAGUAAUAAACAUUUGACCUGCAA